AUGGCGGAAACAAGCCCCUUUCGCAUCCGCGCAGCCACCAAACAGGACGUACCCGCCAUGACCCAAAUCCUCUACCGCGCCUUCGGGACAAACCAGGUGCACGCGGCCUUCUGGCCCCAACACCUCAGCCACCUCAAAGUACUCCCGGGACCCGGGGACCACCUAGUAUGGAGAGGCGCUCGCAUCGAGAAGCUCCUGGACGGAAGCAAACCCUGGGCGCACUGCAUCGUCGCCGUGCGGCAGGAUCCGGUGUCGGGAGAGGAGCUGAUGGUCGGGUGCGCCGAGUGGCUGGCGCCCGAGCCCGUGCCGGCGGAGACCGAUGAUGAUGGCGACAGCAGCAAGAAGCCUCCGCCUGAGAGCUUGGAGGAGAGGUUGAAAAAACUCCCAGCUGCCAUGGACAGGCAGGCCAUGCGGGACCAUGUGGCGGGCGUCAAGGUGCUGGAGGAUGCCCUGGGGAAGGAGCUGGGGGAGGAAGCCAUGAAGGAUAUGUGGUGGCCCAACUCAGUUGCCGUGGAUCCGGACUUUCAGGGGCAACGCAUCGGCACGUUGCUGGCGCAGUGGGGCAUCGACCAGGCGGACGCGGACGGCAAGGAUAUCUAUCUGCUGGCUUCGCAUGCAGGCGCCAGGCUCUAUAGGAAACUGGGAUUUGUAGACGUAUUUGAAGACGAGAUUUUCGGCGCGCCGCAGUAUGCCAUGUACAGACCGCGGACAGCUCGUGGUGCAGAGGAAGGAUCCUCGUGA